GUUGGAGUAUCAGCUGACUCUCCUUCUCCUUUCCGAAGCUCCGCUAACGCUGCUGCUGCUGCUCUUGCAGCUCGGUUUUCAUUCCUCAGCAGAGCGAGGAGGCGAAGCGAGGCGACUGGGCGGAUAUCUUUCAGCUGUCUCCGUAUAUAUUUUAAAACUAGUGCCUGAGCUCCAGCGUCCUUAGCUGCUGCUUUUGCCCGCGAUGCUGCCGCAUUUAGCUUUUCUGCUCCUGGGAGCCUCUUGGACAGCGGGAGCUUUGGAGGUGCCUACUGAUGGAAAUGCUGGCCUGUUGGCAGAACCUCAAGUAGCCAUGUUUUGUGGCAAAUCAAAUAUGCAUAUGAAUGUUCAAAAUGGAAAAUGGGAAUCUGAUCCUUCUGGAACUAAGAGCUGCAUUGCGACAAAAGAAGGGAUUUUACAGUAUUGCCAGCAAGUUUAUCCUGAACUGCAAAUCACAAAUGUUGUUGAAGCUAAUCAACCAGUAACAAUCCAAAACUGGUGCAAGCAGGGAAGGAAGCAGUGUAGGAGUCAUCCAUAUAUUGUUGUUCCAUAUAGGUGCUUAGUUGGAGAAUUUGUGAGUGAUGCCCUUUUAGUGCCAGAUAAGUGCAAGUUCCUUCACCAGGAAAGGAUGGAUAUUUGUGAAACUCACCUGCAUUGGCACACAGUUGCUAAGGAGUCCUGCAGUGAAAAGGGAAUGAAUCUGCACGACUAUGGUAUGCUCUUGCCCUGUGGAAUUGACAAAUUCCGUGGUGUCGAGUUUGUUUGCUGCCUAGUAGCAGAUGAGAGUGACAAUAUUGAUUCAGCUGAGGCCGAGGAAGAUGAUUCUGACGUUUGGUGGGGAGGUGCAGAUGCAGACUAUGCAGAUGGCAGUUAUGACAAAGUAACAGAAGAGCAGCUAGCAGAAGGGGAUACUACAGAUGUAGAAGAUGAAAAUACUGAUGAUGAUGAUGAUGAAGACGGUGAUGAGGCUGAAGAAGUUACAGAAGAUCAGUACCAGGAAGCCACUGAAAGAACAACCAGCAUUGCUACUACCACUACCACUACUGAGUCUGUGGAAGAGGUUGUUCGAGAAGUGUGCUCUGAACAAGCUGAGACUGGUCCUUGCCGAGCAAUGAUCUCCCGCUGGUACUUUGAUGUGACUGAAGGAAAAUGUGCCCCAUUCUUUUACGGCGGAUGUGGUGGAAACCGAAACAACUUUGACACUGAGGAAUACUGCAUGGCAGUCUGUGGCAGCGUCAUACCUACCACAGCUGCUAGCACUCCGGAUGCUGUUGACAAGUACCUGGAAACACCUGGUGAUGAGAAUGAACAUUCCCAUUUCCAAAAAGCAAAAGAGAGACUAGAAGCGAAGCAUCGUGAAAGAAUGUCUCAGGUCAUGAGAGAAUGGGAAGAGGCAGAACAUCAAGCAAAAAAUUUGCCAAAGGCUGAUAAAAAGGCUGUCAUUCAGCAUUUCCAAGAGAAGGUGGAAUCCUUGGAACAAGAAGCUGCAAAUGAGAGACAGCAGCUAGUAGAGACUCACAUGGCCCGAGUUGAAGCCAUGCUCAAUGACCGCCGCCGUGUUGCUUUGGAAAACUAUAUUACAGCUCUUCAGGCUGUGCCCCCUAAACCUCGACAUGUAUUUAAUAUGCUGAAGAAAUAUGUGCGUGCAGAGCAGAAAGACAGACAGCAUACACUGAAACAUUUUGAACAUGUGCGUAUGGUGGAUCCUAAGAAAGCAGCACAGAUCAGAUCUCAGGUUAUGACACAUCUACGUGUGACAUAUGAACGUAUGAACCAGUCUCUUUCUCUUCUUUAUAAUGUGCCGGCAGUUGCUGAAGAGAUUCAGGAUGAAGUUGAUGAAUUACUUCAGAAAGAGCAAAACUACUCUGAUGAUGUCUUGGCUAAUAUGAUAAGUGAACCCAGGAUCAGCUAUGGAAAUGAUGCCCUCAUGCCUUCAUUGACAGAGACUAAAACAGUUGAACGUCUCCCAGUAGAUGGAGAAUUCAGCCUAGACGAUCUUCAGCCUUGGCAUCCCUUUGCAGUUGAUUCAGUCCCAGCAAAUACUGAAAAUGAAGUUGAGCCAGUUGAUGCCCGUCCAGCUGCAGACAGAGGACUCACCACACGACCAGGCUCUGGAUUAACCAAUGUUAAGACAGAAGAAACCUCAGAAUUAAAGAUGGAUGCAGAAUAUAGACAUGAUUCAGGAUUUGAAGUACAUCAUCAGAAACUGGUAUUCUUUGCUGAAGAUGUAGGUUCAAAUAAAGGUGCCAUCAUUGGACUAAUGGUAGGGGGUGUCGUCAUUGCCACAGUCAUUGUUAUCACUUUAGUGAUGCUAAAGAAGAAACAGUAUACAUCCAUCCAUCAUGGUGUAGUGGAGGUGGAUGCUGCAGUGACACCAGAGGAACGUCACCUUUCUAAGAUGCAACAAAACGGCUACGAAAAUCCAACCUACAAGUUCUUUGAGCAAAUGCAGAACUAGAACACCAUAGCAACCUCAUGAAUUGGACAGCAAAGUGAUUGCUUCACUGCCCAUCGAUGUUCAGCUGAAAGUAAUAUGGAAAUAAGCAAACAAAACAAUGUUUUAUUAUUUACUCAUUAUCGCCUUUUGACAGCUGUGCUGUAACACAAGUAGAUGCCUGAACUUGAAUUAUAAAAUCAGUAAUGUACUUUCUUGACAUUUCAGUCUUUACACUACAUUAAUGAAUGUUUUUGUGUACUGUAAAGUUAGCUGUACUUAACUAGUGCAUGAAUAGAUUAUUUCUUGAUUAUUUAUCAUACAGCUCCUUUAGCCAGUUGUAUAUUAUUCUUGUGAUUUGUGAUGAGCAAAAAAAAUCAAGUCCUAAUUGAAAUAUACUUUAAGAAUUGAUGGGGGAUGCUUUUUGUGUAUGUGGGAUUGAGCUGCUUCUCUUCGCCAAGUUUUCCUUUUUCUGCUUACUAUGCAUUUAAAGACAAAAUGUUUUGGAAUUUUUUUUUAGAAAGUAUUCCAGAUGAGUUAUUUUCCUCUGCAGUUGCAUUUUAUUGUACAGAUUGUUGCUUCUGCUGCACUAGUGAUGUAGAAAAUCAUGGGAAUACACAUUUGUUUCUUUGUGCCUGUUUUAUGUGCACACCUUUAGGCAUUGAGGGAGUAAAGUUUUUUUGCCAUGUAUCUUUUCAUCUAAAAAAGAAAGAAGGAAAAGAAAAAAUAUCAUGCCUGUUAAUCAUGAGCACUUUUAUACCAGGGCAGGGUGAAGGGGAAGGAUAGGAUAGGAUGGGAAAAAUGCCUGCUGGUUCAAAAAAAUUAUAGGGAACCUACAAAUGUUUCUGCAGGAUAAUAUACAGAAUUGUUGCUUAUGAAUUGAUAGCUUUCUAUACUGUGUUACAUAAAUAAAUUACAAAUAAGAUUUUCGGGCAAGAGUUUUACUUGGAGAAAUUACCUUUUGGGAGGAAUAAUUUUAAUAAUGACCAUCAAGUGGGAGGGUGGGGGGGGGAGUUAGGUUUUUUUUCUUCUGCGAAAAGACAUGAUUCAUAGAAUGUCUUCUUUAAAUACAAUAGAUAAAACUAGCAGUGGGUGAGAGGGUGUUUGCCUUGGCAUGCCUUCCCUCUAAAAUGUCUUUUUUCAGUUUGUAUAAUAGUGUUUUAAUGUAAAUAAAUACAUUCCUGGAGGA